UUCACAUUUAAUUCUGAAUUCGCAGAUUCUACAUGUUCAACCUGCAACACAUUCACCAUCUCUUUGGGCUUGGAAACUCGCGCACAGGGGGCGCGGCGCGCACACCAUACAGGAACAAGAGACGUCACGUCAAGCUGCACACAAAGCGGGGCCCCGUGUAGUCAGUCGAUCACUUCAAUUGGCAUCUUGGCUCUGCGCAAGGCGCCACGCAUCGUCAAGCAUCAAUAGUGGACAGUUGUGACUUGCGAGUGCGAGUACAAGGGUGUGGUCAUCGGUCAUUUAAACUAAAAAGACGAGUCGGCUUGCAUUCGCAACACGGCAGCCAUGACAGAAGCGCUGAAGCGGCGCAUAUCUGCCGCAAAGCAGCGCAUGAGCGCAAAGCUGCUGCAGCUACACGAUCCCUCUGCUUCCAAUCUGAAUGACGAUUCCAGCGCUGCUCUGCUGGCUUCGGAUUCGUCGCACAAGUCUCGCAUCAUCGGGUCUGACCACGCGCUCCGAUCAUCUGGACCAGGAGAAGCAGCACCUCCCGCCGGCACAUUCACAUUGCCCACCUCCACAUCCAUCGCUCACCUAUCCGCUCUCUUGCUGCUCCUACGCAACCUCGAAUCCAGCGUGCGCAAAGCUUCCAACGAGUUGAAGAGAAUCGCAGAUGCGGAAAGAGCUAGAGCGCGCGAUGCUGCUGCUGCUGCAGAGAAGAAUGACGCAAAGCAUGGCGAUUGCGGCGAUUGCGAUUUGCCGGCAUAUGGCCACACCUUUAGCGAUUCUCCCGACGAGCUGGAUCUGCCUCCUCCCCCUUCCCACGGUCAAGCAUCACGAUCCAAAGCCCACCAGUCAACGUCCGACAAAUCCAAACUGUAUCUCGCCGAAGAAGAUGACGACAAGGCUUGGGAAUCUUAUAUUGCUAGAUCUAGCUAUAGGUUUCAACUGUGGCAGGAGAGGAUAUCGUCGCGCACAAGCAGUAGUGAUGCAGAGGCGCAGCUCUUGCCUCCCUUGGACGUCUUUAUCGUCUGGGCUGCGCUCAUCACCGAGCAAGAUGCGCAGACUGUCGCGGGCCGCUCGUUGCUGCAAUCUCCCCACUUUCCCCUGCAGUAUGUGACGGCCUACGACUCUGCUAGCCUCUCCAUCAAAUCGUCCUCGGCUUUGCGGGAAGCUGAGCACAUGAUAGAUGCGAGUGAAAGCGUCGAAUUGUGGCAAGCAUUGACGUCUACCCCGUUUGUGGCUCCUUUGCUGGAGCACGAAUCGCUACGAAGCACCACUUUCGAUCCGCUCACCACCAAGGGUAUUCCCCUGAUCUGUCCCUCUCCCCUAUGCGACUCUCAUUCGCACACAAGAGCGGAUCAAACCUCUCAAGCAGCAGCCAUCAAGCACAUUUCCUUCCUCAGAAGAAGAGCUCACGCCAUGCCUACGUUGAGAGCGUCGGAGAACAAGAGAAGAGGUUUGGCAGAGAGCGGGUGGAGCAGAAAUUGUCCUUGUUGCCAGACAAGGAUUUGCAUGGAUACGAUUGCGGGAGCGCAGCUGGUCGCUGAUCUGCAAAGAUGGUGCGAGGAUGGUGAUUUCGUAUUGAGUGGACUCGCCCAUCACGUCGAGACUGGCAUGCCGCUGCCGCUUUGGCACGCCCACGCAAUAGCGGCUUCCAUCUUGACACCGCUGCUCUCGGCAGAAUGCCUCUCCACUUCACGUCGAUCGACGAACCUCACUUGCCUCACUCUAGCUUCUCAGAGACUGGAAGCUCAAGAUUGCGAUCUGGAGCUGGAUCUAGCCUUCCUUUUGCCUCCUUCAGGCAACAUCUCUUCCGCCGUCGCUUCCAAUGCUGCUGCUGCUGCUAGUGCGGCCUCGUUGGGUACUAGCGGAAACAGCCUUUCUGCUGCGCUUCGAGCGGCCGCAGCAGCCUCGUUUAGCAGCACGCCCGAAGAGAUCGGCCUGACGCACGAGUGCUCGUUCAGCAGAAUGCAAAGUUGGUUGGUGCAGCACGGGAUCAAGGCUCAUCCGAGCGUCAUCCAAGUAGCAGAGAGGGGAUGGGACACGACUUGCCCAUCAUCAUCGACCGGCGAGUCCAGUUUGACGCGCAACGCAUCCCACCACUCUAGAAGGGUCAAACGCGUGGGCAUGACGAUUGGACACGAGAACAGCAUGGCGGACAAGAUGGGAGGAGGAAGUUCGGCUGGAGGAUUGAAUUUCAAUUUCGAUUCGAUUGCGGAAGAUGCCAAUACGCGCAUGACUUCGCAAGCUGCGAAGCAAGUCUCGCAGAGCAUCGGCAACGUCAUCAGCCAGAGGCUUUUGAAACCGUACAGAGAUCAGUGCAGGAUCGGUCUGCCGCCGAUGCGGCCAGGAGCAGGAGCAGGAGCAGCGACGACGACGGUGACCUCGGCCGUAGAAGCGGUCAAGGGCAUGUCUGGAUUUUCCAAAGCGCUAGAAAGUUGGGCUUCAGCUCAUGUGCUAGCGUACAGCAGCGCUUCGCAAUCCGCCUCCGCCGCCCCCUCCACAGCUUCUCGCUCUUCCGAAAAAGAUGACGACGGCGGCGGCACAGCUUGCGCUCCUCCCUGCUUGACGACGACGACGCUUCAAAAAUCCUUUGUCAAACAAGCCUUGCACGAAUACGCUUGCACGAUGCAAGAUCUGCAAAAGAGGUGCAGCAGCAGCAAUGACUACAACAACAAAGCUCUUGGCGCGCUGCUGGGCAGCGCUUCCAAGUCGAGGUUGCUGGGACGUAGACGCGCGGGAGUGGAAGAGGUGUUGCUGGAUAGGGAAGAACUGUGCGAGUUGUUGCUCGAGGCUGGACCGGGCGUCAGGUUAGCUUGGAUCACGCACAUGCUCUCGACCGAUUAUACCACAGAUAUCCAUAGCAGACUUCGAAGCGUACCUCUACACUCAUGGAGCGCCAUCUCCGCUCCCACUCAUCUCUCGUCCGUCUAAGCUUCAAAAAGCUUCGAGGAAGGCAAGCGAAGGAGGGGAGGGGCAGGGCGCGCCCCCACUUGCCUCUCGCCCCACUUGCCCCUUUCCUCUUUUCCACUCCCCCGCCUCGCCGUUGGGGUCAUCCUCGUGAAAGAUGGGCCCAAAAGUAAGUGUAGAUGGCAAAAUAUCGUCGUGUGGUGUCGUGCCCUUGCCUUGCCUUUCUGCUCCGCCCCCUUGCCUUUCUGCUCCGCCCCCUUGCCUUUCUGCUCCGCCC